AUGUCGCGCAAGGAUAACCACCCCGGGAAUGUUACCAUCAAGACUGAUACCACAGUCGACAAAAUCAUCUUCAGAAGCAGGCGAAUGGAACGCGCUUCGGCUGUGGCAACUCUAAACUCGGAUGGCACAUCCCGGAUUUACCAUGCACGAACGGAGAUUAUCAUCUCCGGAGGCGCAUACUGCAGCCCUAUCGUCUUCAUGUUCUACGAGACGGAAAAGAAAGGCCUAACAAACGUCCAUCACGUCUACCACGACCCAAACUUCGACAAAACCUACGAAGAAUGGAAAACCCAAAAAUUAGGCUUCCUCUCCACCUUCCCCUUCGGCAGCUUCGCCUUCGCCAGACUAGACGAGCGCCUAAAAGACGAACCGCUCUGGAAAAACACAUCCCGCCAACCAGGACGCGACCCGAUGGGCCUAACACCUUCCCAACCAAACAUCGAAUUCUUCUCAGCGGAAUGCUACGGCGGGCCAAAACAGUACGACCAGUUUCCGGUGAUAUUGACGGAAAAAAAGACGGCGCUUUUCUGUUUGCCUACGUACUCGUUCUUGUGA